UCGACGUUCAAAAUGAUUAAAAGGAAUUUCUUUGACAUUCUUUGGUCUGUAUUCCUUAUUUUAAUUUCCCCUGUUCUCUCAUCAGGAGAAACCCAGAAUUCCCGACUGACUGGAUAUGUCAUCACGUCGCUCAGUCCUAUUGGAUUCCGUGGUUGUUCUAAGGAAUGUAAUUCUUACUCAGAUUGUAAAUCAUUUAAUUUCAACAGAGUCCAUUUAUUCUGUGAAUUAUCUUAUAAAUCACGUGUUGAUGCUGAAUCAAAUUUAAUCAAUGAUCAAGGAUUCGUUUAUGUGGACAAAUCAGACCAACAGGAAAACACAUCGGCGUGCACGGGGAAAGGAAGGAGGUGUAUUCCUUCUCACAGCAAUCAUCGCUCUUAUGACAUUUCAUUUGUUAACAACUGUGAGAAUAUUGAAAUAAAUGGUACAACUGCUGGUGUGAAUUCUACAACUGUUGGUUCGACAAUAGCCCUGCAGGAAACAGGCAGUAAUGAAAACAACACUGUCAACUUAUCUUUUCUGACGUGUUCCCCAAAUGGAAUUUGGAAACAGGAAAAUAAAAUCUGUCACGAGUGCCACAGUUCCUGUUUGUCGAGCUGUGGGACGAUCAUGUCACCCGAUUAUCCUGAUGUAUACUAUAACUAUGCUGAUGUUAGAUGGAACAUUUCGACAAGUCACAUCAAAGUGAUUUACCUCAGGUUCGUGGACAUGGUAUUAGAAGGAUCAUAUGACUUCAUAGAGAUAUUUGACGGACCUUUAAACUCAUCCAAUAGAAUUCUCUAUACAGACAAAAUUCCGAGCUACAUUGUGAGAAGCAGCAAGAACCUCAUGAUAGUUUGGUUUCACACAGAUUACUCUAUUGUAAGAAAGGGGUUUAAAGCGAUAUAUUGGAGCUUUUAAAAUCAAUUCCGAAAAGAUACUCCUAAACUACACAUCUGACUAAGAAAAGGUUUUUCAUAAAGUUUGAUGCAUUAAUAUUUUUAGUUAAUAUUUUAUUUUUCAAAAUUUUACAAUAAUAUCAUGGCGUAGGAGUAUCAAGGGGGCAUGUAUUGGAGAAUCGGGACACCUAACUUUUAAAUGUAUGAAUUAAUUAUGAUAUCUGUUAUUUUGGUACCUUUUAUUCGCUGUUUUUCGCUUUUUAUUGCCUGACGAUGAUGACUUUUUAAAAUCAUUUCCGCCACCAAAUGUCACGUUUUAUGUUUCUUUUAUCGUCCUGAUACCUCUCUGAAUUAUGUAUGAAGAUAUUGUUAUAUAAUCAGUGAUAAGUGAUCAAUCGCUACUCGUUCAUGUGAUUGCGGAUACCUGGGAGUCUAUGAAGAAGAAGAAGAGGUCUUGACAUUGGAAACUACAUUUUUACUGGAGGUUUGAACAUGCAAUAUUACAGGAUUUACACUUUUAGUUUCCAUAUCGGUUUUAUAGUGGUUUCAGAUUUCUGCACAAUAUUUACGUAGCAGAAAUAUCUCGUAUGUGAUGAA